AUGGCCGUGAGCACGUCCGGGCAGCCGAGCCGCGACCCGGUGGCUGUGCGAUCAAGGACACCAUUCAACGGGUCGUGGAGUGACGACAACGUCCAAGCCGCCGCCGAUGUCCUAUUGGUGGUCUCCGCGGGCGUCGUACUGGAAGCCCCAGUCGUCCACCUAUGGUGUGUAGCUGUAUGCACUUGCGAAGAGGUUUAG